AGAGGUACACUUCAACUAUUUGCAAAUUAUGUGGAAAAUAAGUAUUUGGUCAUCUACAAAAAAGUAAGAUUUCUAGCUCUACCUGUAACUUGUUACCUGUAUUAAUGGCAUCUGUUUGAACAAAUUAAAACUCAAUGUAGAAAAAACAACAUUAAAGUCUUCCAAAUGACAGGCAUCACUUUCUCUGAAAUUAGAAGAAGAAGAAAUUCUCAAAAGUUUUUAGAAUGACCCAAAUAUAAAUUUUCAGAAAUUCUGCUUUUUCAGUUUUAAUAUAAGCAAUUUGCAUAUACAAAAUGUUAUGAAAAGUGGUCAGAUGAUUUGCAAUUAAUUGCAGAGUUUCUCUUUACCAUGACAGUGAACAAUCCCAAAAAGAAUUUUCACUGCAUUUCAGCAAUGCCAAAAAAGGAUCAGCUGACAUCAUUUCAGUGAUUCUUUUGUUAAUACGAGUAAGAGUGUUGACAAGGACAAGGCUGGAGAUCACUCUGUCAUGCUGAUUGAGUUACAAUGGAAAACUGGAAGCUUUAAAAGGAGGGUGGUGCUUCAAAUCAUUGUUCUUCUUCUGUUAACCAUGGUUACCUGCAAGGAAACACGUGCAGUCAUCACUGGUUUGCACAAAAAGGAUUUCACAGGCAGGGAUAUUGCACAGCAAAUUUACUGGAGUUAAAUUUAUGGUGUACAUUUUUUGGUGUUGCCCAGUGUUAAACCCGGAGUACAUUUUAAUCCUCAAGUGUUAAACUGCAUCUAUAAAAAGAGUUAUUUUUCAGAGUUAAACUUUUAACUCUGUAAGCAGUGCAUUUCCCACAUUACUUAACGGCUCUUCAUUUGGAAGAUCACAAGGAGAUGAGUACGCAGUUCAAAGGUAACGUUAGCUAUGUUUGCAUCAUCUUUUAAUAAAUUGUGUGGUGUAUUUGGUGUAAUUAUAUUUAUUAAAAGAAAUACGUUUGUUUUACAUGUUUUUAUAAAGAAGCUGCAUGGAUUUCGUUGGAUUGGAGUUCGUUUAUAUCUGAGCACCACGCGCAUCAGUAACAAUGCUGUUCACAGUAAUCUACGGAGGAAAGAAAAAGCUGAUAAAAGUAGAUGGAGCAGAUUACACUAGUUUAAUGACUCAAGUUAAGAAGAAAUUUUCAAUAAGUGAGAAAGAUCUGAUGUUACAAGAUGACACUGGUGUUGAGGUGGAUGAAGAUGUAUUCACUGACUUGCUGGAGGAGAGAUCACAUGAUAUCCUAUGGAGAGUUGUUGACAAAGAUUCCGAAUGCUCAGUCCUCAAUUCAUCCUGUAGCUCACAAACUGACACUCUCUCAGUGUCGUCUGAGACUGAUGACAGUGCUGGACCAAGCUCCAAGAGACCUCGUCUUGAUGGACUUUUUGAGGCAAAACAGUUUGUUAGAAACAUUUUAGUGGAAAAUGCUGGAGGAACUGCGAUUUUGGAUGAAUAUAAAGAACAUGGAAAACUCACAGACUCAGCCCGGCGACACUUGGUUAACAUUGUUGUUGCGCACAUUACUGACAAAGAAGGGAUCCAUACUCAAGAACUGGAUAUGAACAUUUUUAUGACCCUAAGAGCAACCAAGGAUACAUAUCUUGGCGACUCAAAACAGUUUUGCGGCAAAGCAAACACCAUGGUGGACACCACAGCAAGAAGGAUGCCAGGUCAAGUGGAACAUCAGACAGUGAGGGCAGUGGAGGACCAACAGCUUAUAGAGAAACUUGCAACCAUUUGGAACUGCAGUUAGAGGGUGAUCAAUGCAAAGAAGCGAUAUCUUUCAUGAAUCAUUGUGCAGAAAAGGACCUGAUUUUGAGAAGAUGAAAGCCACA